GCUGCCUGGGAAGGCUGCACACACGGACAUGAGCGGAGAGACGACGCAUCCGCCGGCGAUUUAACACCGCAAACCCACCGUAAAUGGGUUUAUCACCACACCAGCCGUUGCUUUCGUCGCCGCCGUUCGCCUCGUCCGAUUGUUUUGGAUGGAUUAUCUUGUUCACGUCUCACCGAGAAGCCUUACUACGCCCAGUCAGCAGCAGCAGCAGCGGCAGCCAUUGCUCGGUCAUUGACGCUGGAGGAUACAGUAAUCUGCCCCUGCAAUGGCCGUCUUUAGCCACCAGGUGCUCCUUGCAGUCACGAGAUCAAGGGGAUCGUAUUUGCUAUCCAAGAGGCACAGCUGCUCCUCUCUGUCUUCCAAAGCCUAUCUCCACAUAGACCCUCCCCGCCAUGUUUCGUCUUCAUUCCCACUCAGGCACUCCCGCUACGGCUACCCCCACUGUUACCGAGGUCACGCCCUCAGCCGCGGCCACAGCUCCGCCCUGCUCGCCCGCUCUCUACACAGCUCAGGUGUUUGGCUCCAGGAUAUAAAGCAGGAGGAUACUAAGGCCUCACCGGCCGCCACCCAGGAUGCUUCUCCGGGAGCUAAAAAGGACUCUGUGGUGGCUGCAUCUCAGCCCCAGCCUCCGUCAGCUCCCGCUCCAACGUCCGCCGCCGCUACCACUGCGGCUGCCGUCCCUCCGGUUCAGGAGAGGGCGAUCGUGAAAAAGUCUCUGUAUCAGAGGAUUGUGGAUGAACUGAAGCAUUACUACAAUGGCUUCCGGUUACUCGGCAUCGACAUCAAGAUUGCCGGCAGGAUGGUGUGGAGGCUGCUGCACGGACAGCUGCUCACGCGCAGGGAGAGGAGAAGGCUGAUGAGGACCUGCGCUGACCUCUUCCGUCUGGUGCCCUUCAUGGUGUUCAUCAUCGUUCCUUUCAUGGAGUUCCUCCUGCCGGUCUUCCUCAAACUCUUCCCAGAGAUGUUGCCCUCCACCUUCGAGACGGAGUCCAAAAAGGAGGAAAAGCAGAAGAAGGGUCUCGCUGCGAAGCUGGAACUGGCCAAGUUUCUCCAGGAGACCAUCGCUGAAAUGGCCCGAAGGAAUAAAGCGAAGGUUCAGACAGAGGACGAGACGCAGCGCUUCUCCACUUAUGUUCAGCAGGUUCGGGGAACAGGCGAGCAGCCCACCACCAAGGACAUCGUCAGGUUUUCGAAGCUGUUUGAGGACGAGCUGACGCUGGAGCACCUUGAGCGCCCCCAGCUGGUGGCUUUGUGCAAACUGCUGGAGCUGCAGCCCAUCGGCACAAACAACUUGCUGCGUUUUCAGUUGAUGAUGCAGCUCAGAACCAUCAAGUCGGACGACGAGAUGAUCGCAGCAGAGGGUGUACCAGCCAUGAGUGUGUCCGAGCUGCAGGCGGCGUGUCGUAGUCGUGGGAUGAGAUCUCUGGGUCUCACCACCGAUCAGCUACGUCAGCAGCUGCAGCAGUGGCUGGACCUGCACCUGAAGGAGAACGUUCCUCCAUCGCUGCUGCUGCUCUCCAGAGCCAUGUACCUGACAGACCUCAAACCAAAACCCCCCGUCAUCCCGCCUGUUCCCAAACUAGAGAAGACUGCUGCUCCUCCUCCAGCAGAGAACCCAGGAGCAAACACCACCUCAGUCAGUACUGACAUGUUGGCGGACCCGGCUCUCAUCAUCAAAGACAGACCGGUGGAGGAGAUGAGAGACAAGGCUCCUGUGGUGUCGGACAAACCUCUGACUCCUGCUGAAGUCCUUCAGGCUAAAGCAGCCACAGAGGUGACCCAGAAGAGCAAGAUGAGUGCCAACGGUGUUUAAAGUCGACCCUCUGGACUGAAGGGGAGAUGGAGUCACCCGGUCCUGUGACCUCAAGGGCAGAGGAGCGAUAGACGGCGCUCUACAUUUCAGUAGCCGUCGGUAGAAGCUCCUCUCCUGUCCUCGGACCAGCAUCUCAACCAGGAGUCCUUCUCCCUCCUCGUCUCUCUCCGUUACCUCCCAGGAAAGUUCUGCUGCCGGUUUCUUACCCUCACAUCCAUGCACUCCGUUCUCUGUAGCUGUCCUGAUACUUCGCUGGACUGGAAGACCACCGGUGUUGUGAUUUCUUUGACCUGGAAGCGACGUCCAAAGCGCCCACAGCGGGUCGACUGUCUGUCUGCUGGUUCCUCCCAACGGGCCGGACGCUCUCUUCCUCCUCCUCCUCCUCCUCCCCCUCCCUCUCGUGUACAUUUGUAAAUAUCAUGUAUAUUAUUUGUCUGUCUUACAUCACAGAAGCAGCAGCGUUGUACAGUUUGCUAUUUGCAGGCCAGGUUUUUCUCUCUUAGCGCUUUUACAUAGUUUUAUUUGCAGAUGUUUUUAACUCCAGAGAGAUGUCAUCCAUUUUUCUGAUAUAUUUUUGCUGAACUUUUUGGUUCUGCUGCUGCCCCGACCUCAUUUUUGCUCGUUAGCGCCGAAGAAGAAAUCAGACGUCGGCGCGAUCCGAACCUGCUACUAAAAUAAAUGUAAAUGUAGAAAUCAAUUUAUUUUGUCUGCUGGCGGAACAGCGGAUCCGGACCGGCUCUGGCUCUCAGCGGAGCUACUGUAGUUUACUGCUGCUGUAAUCAGCAGGUGGUGCAUCUUUAGGAGCGAGUCCACUCCUUAACUCCAGGAGGUGGCUGAUAAAUGUCUGUCAGCCUCCACUGGUGAGCCACUGAAAGGACAAUCUGUACAAAUAAAAGAUGCAGAUUUUAUUUGCAUAUACAGUGUACGUACUGUGCUUUAACACUAUGACGCUAAAAUGUCUUUAAACUGAGAAGAGAAAGUACUUGACGGUAUCGAUAUGAAUAUAAUAUUAAUAUUAAUAUGGCGGUUGAAGCUGAACCCACAAAUGAGAUUAAUGUUAUUUUUGCUAUUGUGAUGUUAUGACUCCAUCAAGCCCCAUAAAUAUAAUCCUACAAGCUAUUAUUGGAAAAUGUGUGUUCAAAUUUUCUAAUCCUCCAUUUCCCCCUGAAUACAUUUGACAUUAACGUUCAUUCUUAAGUCUUUGCUGUUCAUCCAGAGGCGCCUCCUAGAAGUGGACGCCCCCAAUAAGAAAAAAAACCCCGAAUAUUUUCAAAAUGGCGGUUUGUGUUGCUGGUUUUACAUAUGUGCCUACGGUUACAGGGCGGUUGUUUUUCAUCAGAAGACAGAUUUCCUGAGCUCUACGACCAUCACCUCGGUGUGUUUUAAGUUGCACCUUGUCUCUCUCGUGGAAUGUCUCCUUUUCCUUUUUUCCCAUGUGAAUCCUUUACCUACAAUCAGCAGCGUCGACACUGAUGGACUCGGUUCUGUCCUCGUGGUGUGAAGGAGGUUUUUUCGUGAUCUGCAGCCAUAUUUAAAGAAAAACAAACUCAUAUUUCCCCUGAAGUUUUGAGUAGAUGUGAAAUUUGUUUCUUUUUAAAGAGGAUUUUAAAGAGUGACUUUAAAACAGGUUAAAAAGCUUUUUUUUCUCUCUUUAUGGUUAAAAGUUUCAGGCCUGUUGCACCGACCUGUGAAGGCCGGUUGUGGUUAAAAACGUCUGUAACCACGUUAACGACGACGUCACAGAGCGCGGUGGUUGCUUGUUAACACACCCGUUUGCAUGAAAAGACUCGAGUCAGAAGGUUUUCUUACGUUUGAUAGCCGGUACCGUGUGAUUAAACAGCAUUUAAACAACAAACCAGGUUAUUGGACAGGAUGCAUUCUAACGCAUCCACAGUUUAUUCGUCCUAAACAACCUUCCUUAUUACUCUUAAACCAUCAUUAACGACGCCGUGCCUCUCUCGAAGCCGCCACCACCUACUGCCAUCACGGUCGGUUUGUGUCUCGUCAUUGAAAGUUGUGCUGCUGUCCGGCUGGUUGUUUCCCUGCAUUAAACUCCGUCAUCGCUCUGGAAUGGCAACGAAGCUUUGGGGUGAUGAAAGAAACAAGAAUUCACAUAUUAAAACCAUGAAACCCUUUACAA